GAUCCACAGGGGCUCUGUUUCUAUGGGAGGAGUCUCUGGAACAGAAGCCAUGUUGCAGCGCUCUUUGGCCCUCACCUUCACCUUGCUGAUGGUUUCUGGCAUGGAGUGCAACGUGAAGGAUGUCUGCAUUGGCAGCCCCGGCAUCCCCGGCACUCCUGGAUCCCAUGGCUUGCCAGGCAGAGAUGGGAGAGACGGCGUCAAAGGAGACCCCGGGCCUCCAGGCCCCAGGGGCCCCCCUGGAGGAAUGCCAGGCUACUCCGGGCCUGAGGGGGUGAUUGGAUCCCCGGGUGUUGCUGGAGAGCGUGGAGAAAAGGGGGAGCCUGGUGAGAGGGGCCCUCCAGGGCUUCCAGCUUCUUUAGAUGAGGAGCUCCAAACCACACUCUACACGUUCAGACGUCAAAUCCUGCAGGCCAUGGGAGUCCUCAGCUUACGGGAGUCCAUGCUGGUCGUGGGAGAGAAGGUCUUCUCCAGCAACGGGCAGUCAGUUAAUUUUGAGGACAUUCAAGAGUUAUGUGCCAGAGCAGGUGGCCGCAUUGCUGCCCCGACGAGCCUGGAAGAGAAUGAAGCCAUUGCAAGCAUCGUGAAGAAGUACAACACUUACGCCUACCUGGGCCUGAUGGAGAGCCCCGACUCUGCAGGCUUCCUCUACAUGGAUGGGUCCCCUGUGAACUACACCAACUGGUACCCUGGGGAGCCCAGGGGGGCGGGCAAGGAGAAGUGUGUGGAGAUGUACACAGAUGGGCAGUGGAAUGACAAAAAUUGCCUGCAGUACCGGCUGGCCAUCUGUGAGUUCUGAGCAGGCCCCUGGGCCGCCCGAUAGAUAGGACCCUGCCUUGUCCAGCCUCC